GGCGGGGGCGGGCCGGGGUCGGUGAGGCCGGGCCGGGUGCGGGUGCGGUGGGUGCGCGCUGCCCCGCGGCUGCGGGGUCCGGGGGCGGCUGCCCGCCUGCGCCCCGCGGCAUGGGGCUCGGGCUGCGGCCGAGCCCGCGGGGGCGGCGCUGAGCGAGGCGGGCGGCCCCCGCUGCUCCCUCCGCAGCCCCGGGGGGAGGAGGCCGGGCGGCGGCGGCGGCGGCGGCAGCCGGUGCCCGCGGGCGGCCGGGGCUCGUAGCGGCGGGGCUCGGGACCCGGAAGCAGAAGCGGCGCCGGGAGGCGGCUGGAUGGGAAGGAGCGGCGGCGGCGGCGGGCGGCGAUGGGGGAGCAGCAGAGCUCGCUGAGCGCCCCGCCGGCACCGGCCGCCGCCGCCGCCGCCGAGCCGCCGAGCCCGGCCGGGAGCCCGCGGGAGCCCGGCGCGGACGAGCCGCCGCUGCGGGAGGCGGCGGGGCCGGGGCAGAGCGGGGAGCCGCCGCCGCUGCCCGAGCGGCGAGGGACCGGCGGGGACGAAGAGGAGGAGGAGGAGGAGGCGGCGGCCGGGCCGGAGCAGCCGGCGGAGGAGGGGCCGGGGCCGGAGGGGGGCAGCGGCCGCCGCCGCCCCCCCCGUCGGCACGUGUACUGCACCGUGUACUGCGUGGAGAACGACCGGCCCGCGGCACGCCGCGCAUCGCCGCCCUCCCCCGGGGGCGGCGGCGGCGUCGGGCGGGCCCCGGCUCCGCUCCCGGCUCCGGUCUCGGUCCCGGUGCCGGUGCCGGCCCCGUCGCGGCGCGGGGUGGCGGCGGGCGGCGACCCGCUGGCGGCGGGCGGCAGCGUGGAGGUGGUGGACUUGUACCUGCUGCCAGAGCCCUUCUCCGGGCUGAUCGCGGGGGACUUCGGGCCGCUGCUGGUGCUGAGCUGCCGCGUGUGCCUGGAGGAGAAGCCCGUCAAGCCGCUGUCCUGCUGCAAGAAGGCGGUGUGCGAGGAGUGCCUCAAGCGGUACCUCAGCUCCCAGGUGCAGCUGGGACAAGCGGAUAUAAAAUGCCCAAUCACAGAGUGCAGCGAACACCUGGAUGAAACAACCAUCCUCUAUAACCUGCCCCACGAGGACAUCAUCAAGUAUAAAUAUUUCCUGGAACUCAGCCGCAUUGACUCCAGCACCAAGCCAUGCCCUCAGUGCAAGCACUUUACAACCUUCCGGAGGAGAGGCCACAUUCCUACCCCUGCCAAAUUGGAGAACAAAUACAAAAUCCAGUGUCCAUCUUGCCAAUUUGUCUGGUGUUUCAAGUGCCACUCGCCUUGGCAUGAAGGCGUUAACUGCAAAGAGUACAAAAAGGGAGACAAGCUUUUGCGUCACUGGGCCAACGAGAUUGAGCACGGGCAAAGGAAUGCCCAAAAGUGUCCAAAAUGCAAGAUCCACAUCCAAAGGACAGAAGGGUGUGACCACAUGACCUGUUCCCAGUGUAACACUAAUUUCUGUUACCGCUGCGGGGAGAGAUACCGCCAGCUCCGUUUCUUUGGAGAUCACACAUCAAACCUCAGUAUAUUUGGAUGCAAAUACCGCUACCUCCCCGAGAGACCACAUUUGAGGAGACUGGUGCGAGGCUCUGUCUGUGCUGGAAAACUACUCAUUACACCCCUAAUACUGGUUCUGGGACUGGCACUGGGAGCCAUAGCUGUUGUAAUAGGUUUAUUUGUGUUUCCUAUCUAUUGCCUUUGUAAAAAGCAGAGGAAGAGGUCACGGACAGGUAUGCCCUGGUAAGGACAGGCCAUACUCACCUGAACUAAACUGGUCCUGCAAGGGCUAUACACGGUUUGUGCUACAGAGCAAUACAGUUCUGGUAACAGCAUCACAGCCACCGCCCUGGAAGAAAAGUGGGGGACCUCCUGUCGUCUUCCCUCAGCUGAACACUACUGCAGACCAGAAAGCCUCUUUGCUCUGGUGCACUCUGAACAAGAUGGGCCCCCUGACUGCUGCUUUUUAAAUGUUUUUUUAUUAUUAUUGUUAUUAUUAUUAUUAUUACUUUGGAGGGUUGGUUUUUGUUUUGAAGAUUUAAGUCUAAGUUUCUGAACUAGACAAUCAAAGUCUGUAUUGUAGCCACAACUCUACUACCGAUUUGGCCUGUGAAGAAAGCGUUUGACUGCUAAUGUGCUCCGUUUAACUUCAGUGUUGGCCUUUAAGGGGGAAGUGCUUAGAAGUGUUUGGACUCUUACUGUACACUGAGCAUACUACUUUUGGUAUUAAAAACUACUUCUGUAAAUAACUUCCAUCACACAGCAUUCUGUUCAGCAUACCAAAACCCCGUCACAUGCCAGAACAUGACAGCUGGUUAUCUUCUGAGUCGUCCUACUAGCAAGCAAGAGUGUAGAUCACAUUUGUGCGGCAUGGAUUGCCACAGCCAAAUAAUAGUGCCUCAAAAAGAAACAUUACUAUUAUUGUUAUUACUAUUAUUGAAAUUCAGUAAUACUUACAAAUAUGCUCAUUGGAUUUUCUUUCAUAUUUAUUUUUUUGACAGUCCAAUAAUAUUGAUUGGGAGGGGUGACACAUUUGUUAGAGGAGUACAGCAUUUUGAAAUUUUCUCAGUACAAAAAAAAGAUUUGAAGGGAUUAGAUAACAAGAAGUAACUAGAGAUAGAACAGGCCACUGAUAUCCACUGAAAUGUGACACAAUGUGCAAGGAAACGUUUGCAGGGAAGCUGGAAACCUGCUCUUCUGUUCUGACUUGACAUAUAGUACAAAUGCUACACACUAGUUUUGUGAAGAUUGACUUGGUGGAAUUUUGUAACCUAAAUAGCAUGUAUGUUUGUUUUAUAAGCAGUCUGCAUAAGUCUUAGGAUCUACUGAUGUCUCUUCAGGAAAAUUUGUGAAUUUUGACUAAGGGAAGGGUUCGCAAAUUGUUAGGAGACCGUUUCACUUUUUUUCUCUGCUUCCAGUGUUGCUGCUCUUGGUGCAUUAUAGAUCUGAAGAAAAUAGUGAUCUGUGCUCUCUUUUCCUAAAUUUAGAUAACCACUGUUUGUCACUGGACCUUUUUCUUGGCAUAUCACCAUCAGAGCAAUGUAAUUCAGAGUCAAGAAUCAGCUAAGAGUUUUUUCAUUUCUAGUUACAAUCCAAAUUUAUCAUACAAAUAAAUCUGAAAGAAAAUAGAAUAAAGUAAAUCUGUGUGAGCAGAACACUGAUAUACUAAAGAGAGGAAAUGAAUAAGAGAAAUAUCUACUUUGUACUUUAAAAAAAAAAAAAGUUGAUCUUGAAGAUUAGAUUUGUACUGUGAAGGUACUUUUUUUGAGUGUUUGAAGAUACAUAUAUAUGUAUGUGUGUGUAUGUGUGGGAGAUGGGGAAGCAGGAAGAUGAGUAAUGUCCUAAGUGUACAGACCUCAAAAUUUAGGCUCACAAACAGCAUAUCUUUUGAGAGGAUGUACUUUGCACCACUUUCUCUGAAAAUUUAUUAUUAAAUCUGAAUCUAUUUGUAACUUUCCCAAGUAAAUAGUCUGCUUCCCCACCAGCAUAAUACUCUGUUAUCGUAAGAUAUUCACUUUGACUUCAAAGCCUCAGUGGAAGAAACUGAUAAUUUUAGUUACCUGGAAACACAAAUAUCAGCUUACCAUAGAUGGCUAGUAUGUGUGUUUUCAGACAACUUCUGGUUUGUUUUCCUGUUUGUUUUUUUUGUGUGUUUUUUUUUUCCCUUGUUGAAACAGUGCAUACAAGCACACUGUGGAAGUCAACAGUACUUAAUUUUUCCAUUUGAAUUGAAGGGCAUGUUGACCCUGUUGUCCUAUCAAUAGAAACAGUAUCUUUCUAAGACUUGCAUAUUAAGCUAGGAAGCAAUGACAUUUAGAAGUAAAGUUCAAAUACUAUUCUCAAUGCAAAUGCACCUGCUAAUUAGGUUUCUUCUGUGACACAUCAGUUUUCUAUUUGUGUUCUACCUGCAGGUUGGAAGCUGCCUUAAAAUCAAGUCUUGUUUUUGAGUGUGUUUUCUGAGGCUGUACAUAUCAGUUGUCUUUGGCUUACUCAGGGAUUCUUAUUCCUUUCUUUAAAUGUCAAAUAAUGAAGAUAUUUUUGUAUUAUUUAGCAAACCUUCAGACCUCAGAGAGUGAGAGAUGCAUAUAUAUAUAUAUAUAUAUAUACAUAUAUAUAAAAAUAAAAAAUAGAUUUGGUUUUGCAACGCAGUCUGUAAUAUGGUGUCAAACUAUUCCACUUGAGAAUAUUUUAGUACUUGAGAUUAUCUGUAACUAACUAUUCAGUAGAUUAAUUUCCUUUGUUUUCCUGUUUCUUUAUAAAUAUGAGAAAUACUCGUCGUCUUAGCUGUUUUCUCUGCUGUUUGCUAUUUUCACAGUUUCCGUGAGUUCAGUAAAAUCAGAAAUUAAGAUGCUAGAAUAAAGAGCAUAAAGGGAAGAUAAUAGAUCUGCAUUUAUUUUACAUUCAACAGCAUGUCAUUGUGAGUGGAGGGAAAGGCAUAUACAUCUCAGCUCCUACAUUAUCAUUUCACCUAGGCCAUUUUGAUUUUAUCAGAACAAACUAAAUCAAAGUGAAAUAUUUCUUCAUUUUUAAUACAUUGCAGAACUAGGCAUCUUUUGUGAGGAUGAGAGUCUAAUCUUGCUUUCUCUGGGGGGAAAAAUAAAUAGGAAUGACUGUAUUUGGUUUUGCUUCUCUCUGUAGAUGAGGGGGAAAAAAAAUCAGGAUCCAGGCAGAAUGGGAAUACAGAAGUCUUUCUAUACAUAUGAAAGUUUACCCAUUUGAACAGUACACAAACCAGAAUUUUUCAUUCAAUAAAAUGUUAGCUUUUAAACAGCUAUUCUCAUCUUGUAGGAAAUCUUACAGACAUCAAAGUCAUGCCAUUUAUUUUACAAUCAUUAAUCGGUAAGUUUUAAGGAAAUGGGAUAAGCUUAGCUGUAAGGAAUUUCAGGGAUGUUUUCUACUACCUAAAGCUGUUUGGGUUUCUGUAGCUGUACACUUAAGAAGCCAUCAGACUGUUCUACUGUCUCUGUUAGCAGGAAACUUCAUCAGACAGUCAAAUUAACGUGUUAAGGCAGAUUACACAUUACUUUAUGCUGAACUGUUUUCACUAUAUUCAAGACUAUUUAUUCUGCUGAGAAGUUCUUGCUUACCAAUAUCCAUAUUCCAAUUAAGUGCUUAAAUCCAUUCAGCAUUAGCCUUAUUUCUAGACUGCCUGCAAAUCAUUAUGCUUACAUACUGAGGCUUUUUUGCACUUGUGCUGCAGGAGCUGGGUGCUCUGGGCUCAGGGGAGCUCCUCUGGCAUCUGCUGGGCCAGGACUGUAGCACAUGCCAGUUGCAAGGGCAACUUUUGGUUCAACCUGUCUUUUCAUUGCCUCUCCCUACAUUUGGAAAACCCCUUUGAAGGUCAGUGGUGCUGCUAGCAAUGUUUCCUGACAAGUCCAGCCUGGAUGGAGGCCCUGAGCUUUGACAGCACUGGCCUUCCCUGUGGUGUAGGGCAUGCAUGACCUUUCUCUGCCAUCUUUGUGGGAGCCAUCAGUAAUUCACAGCAAUUACUGCCCCAAAUGACUGUCUUGCUCUUGGUCUGCAGAGGAGACUUAUGUACCAAGAGUUGUGUUAGCCACGUGUCACACUACCCUUUCAUGUACCUCACGUCUUCAAGCUAAGCACCUGAUACUAGGUCAGCUAUUUUCAGUUCAAUACAGAAUCAUUUUUGUUGCUAGAGCCCCUUACAGUUUAGUAGUACAGUUUUCAGUCAUGCAUUCAAACUGGACGCUCUAGGUACAUGCUCUGUAUGUCCAGUAUGUGUGCAUGGACAAAUAAAUGUUUGUGUGCACGCUUCUUGAGUUCUGUUUUUUCAAGGUAUCUUUUACUUCAUUUCUACUCUUAGGCUCUUGAGGAAGUUUCAUCAGUUGGGUCAAGUUUCAGGGCUGCUCAACCAUAUCUAUGGCUGGAUGAUUUUUCCUGCUGCAGCUUCUCAGAAUAUAGUUACAUGUAUUUGCAGAGGUCAUCCAGUUUGUCACUGGAAAAUAAUUGUUUAUUUCCUUCUUGUAAAUCUAUUUGCAGGUAAGAAUAGGAAACUAAGAAUACAAGCAAGAGGCAGGAGUGGAAUUAAGUGCUUUGGCUGACCUAUCAGUCUUAGUUCUGCAGAAAAAAAACUGUUACUUUUCAAUUCUCACUGCCUUUAUUAUAUAGCAGUACACUCAUUCUUCAAAUGUCAUUAAAAUACAGUGCACUUUGAUCUAUUAUCUUCCUCAGGGGCAGUGCAAAUGUAUAUGGAAGAGAGGAUUUUGCAUUUGUUUUUGAUGUUACUAAUGCUUACAUCAUAACUCUUCUUGGUAUGAUAGCUUUUGUUUGUUUGUUUGUUAAUUUACAUCUAGUUAUUGGUUCUGAAAGUUUGAUCAAUGUGAAGUUUUACUUAAUAAAAAAUAUUAAUUUGUACGAACUACUGCCAAUUCCACUAGAGGGUAUGUAGGAUCACUGUCAGAUGUUCCUUUUAGCCAGAGGGCUCUCUGUUCUUCUGAAGACUGCCUUAGUCUGUGUGAUGUUCAGUGGUGGGUAGGAGAGACAAUGAUUCUGCCAGAGGAUAAAAAUUUUCCAGUGAUUGAAUGGUUUCUCAGUUAUAUCCGAGUAACUGUUUUGUGUUCAAUGGCCAAAUAGGCUGAGCUAUUUUUUUUCUUUCUUUAAUUUAGUUGUGGCGGUUUGUUUCCUGAGCAGACCUUGCAUCAUUCAUAAUUCUUGGUAUGAUAAUAAUUGUGUGGUGCCAAGUAGUGGAUGAGAACCAUGGAUUACUGUUACUUUAUAAUCUGUAUUAGUCUUCUGUUAAUUUUGCUGAUGGAAAGAAUCCCACUGUGAGGAAAUUACUAGAGAUUUCUGUUUCUUCUAAUUUUGCAGCCUUAUACUUACAGUGGGUCAGCUCUUAAUAUCAGCCAUAGCCCCAUUAAACCAGGCAGGUUAUAUCCAUUUCUAUGCCAGCACAGAAUUGGCCCAAAAUACUUUGAUAUUCCAAAAUAUUUCAGUGUUCCAAAAUACUAGAAAGUGUGUUGGCAGCCAUUGUUGAUAAGCGUUGUUCAGCAACUUGAGAUCUGUUUUAUUUCUGAAGAAGUGCAAACUAUGGUAAUGACCAUUCUCUCACUUGCAGAGUAAUACUACUAGUGUUGUCUAAUAAGUGCAGGAGAUAGCAGGACAUAGGAAAGAUUUCACAAACAGUAUUCUUAUUCAAGUAAAUUGUAUGGCCAAUGAAUACAAGCUUUUAGUAUAAGAGACCUUAAUGCUUUGAGUCACCAAUAACAUGAAACACCCCCCACAGGCAGCAUUAAACAUUUUAAAAUUCUGCUGCCUUUAGUGUAACAGAUGUUAACACAUAGUAGGAAUUGGAGUUACAGAUGUGUAAUAUUUCUCAGACUUAACACAAAUUUGAGAAAGACGGCACAUAUUUUAAAAAUUAUAUUGCUGGUAUGUCUGGCUUCUGCUACUGUUAGAUGAAAAAACAGCUGCACCUUGAUUCAAAGUCAAGACUAGCGGUGUUUUCACUGCUGAAGCUGACACAACACCCACAAACUUUUUUUAAAAUAAAAAUCCACAAACUAACAAAUGCAUAAGAUUAUAACUUCUUAGCUGUUUCUUCCUUAUUCUGUACAUAUGGGCUCAGGAUCUAUACACUCUCUCUCCAGUAAGGAGUGGAGUGCUCAUACUAGGCAAUUAAUCACUGAUGCUCUUAGCCAGACAGUAAAACACCAUAACGUAGGAAAAUGAAAUCAGUGCAUGCUCUGAUUUCAAAGGUGAACAUUUGUAGUAAGCUUUAGUUAUUUACUCCCUAUUUAAAAAUAAAUACAUAAAUUUCUAAACAUAAUUCCAACUGUUUACAUCUAAAUAUAUCUUCCUUUAAUAAAAUAAGGAACAGGUGUAAUAGUAAUUAGUUUAAAUAUGCAGAAGAAACUUUUUUGGAGCUUACUUGGCUUAUCAAAAUGAAAUGUAGAUCUGAAGUGUGUUGUAUGGAUCACAGAAGAGGAGAAAGUUAUUGCAUUAAAAAAAGUGUAUUUUUUGCAUAAAAAUUGAUUUUGCACAUAGCUGUUUGAACAUUGUUGCAUGCUAGCCCCAUUCAACCUUUAUCUUGCUGAAAACUUGGCAAACUGAAAACAGUGUUGUUGUGAUUUUAUCCUUCUGUUACUAACCGAUCAUGAUAUUAAUAACACAAUGACACAUUUACCUUAUGUUUAGAAUGUUUAGGUGCUGUAAGUAGAUUUUCAAUCUGUCCACAUAUUUUAAACCUGCCUUGUAAAAGUGCUGAUGCAGUCAAUAAACUUCUUUUGUAUUUGUUACCAUGAAGGCGGUCAAACACUGGAAUAGGAUUUCUGGAGAGGUGGUUGAUGUCCCAACCAUGUCAGUGUUCAAGAGACAUUUGAACAUGCCCAGUGACAUGAUUUAACUUUUGGUUAGCCUUGAAGUCAUCAGGCAGUUGCACUGGAUGAUAUCUGUAAGCCCCUUCCUACUGAACUGUUCUAUUCUUAUGCAAGCUGUGGGUAAACAGAUGAAUUCAGUCCUUAGUCACUGUCUUUUUGCAUUAAAAAAUGCACAGUAAAGUGUUCAUAUUGAUUUAUGUUAUGCUACUUCAUGUCCAGAAACUGCAAGGACAGAGUAGAUGUUCCGUUUCACUGUUUACCAUCUCAUAACGAAAUGUUUACUACAUUUCCAUUUAUUAUACGCUUUAUUUUUAAUGUUCUCCUUUUACUUCUAAAUUUCAUAAUUUGAAACUGAUUUGUGAAAAUAGCCACAGACAAAAUUGGAUCUUGGAAAAUGAUCAUGUAAUAAGUAGUUUAAGUAAGAUUUUGCUGAGCUAUACCAGGAAAAGAUUCUCUGUUGUAUUUAACUUACUUAAAUGCAAACUGCUGAAAUUUGUUUCUCUUUAGGGCUAGAAGGUUUUGCAUUUUUUUAAUUUAAUUAAACAGCCUUUUCUGUUACAUAACUAACCAUCUGAGUCGAAAUAACUUUUUUUAAGGUAUUUACUGAAAUAUAUUUUGCCUGUGGUUGAGAUGAGAAAAACGAUCUAUGUUUCUGAGAAGGUUGUCAAAUCUGAGCUUCAUCUUAAUUGAGAAGUCAGUGAGAAAUCUUUCAUGUCCCAUCUCUUUUUAUAUAUCUUAAUGUGAAGAAUUCCCCUUAAAAUAAGGUUAAUUUGAAUGUCGGGAGUCAGGGGUAGUGAAACAAUAGAUCAUUUUUAGUCUAGGUGCUUCUGGCACAAGUAGAAUGCUGGACAAAUCAUCCAGAUUCAUUAAGAAAGGAACUUUUAAUUCCACAUUUGGGCUAUAUAAAAUCUGUAUGCAUUAGUGAUCAGAACUUUCUGCAUGACUAAGAGUAAGGCUAUGAAAACUGGAGGCAGGCAAUAUCCAUGUAAUCAACACUUGAAUUCCAGUAUUGUGUUUUGUGUGAGAAAAAUGUUAUACGUGUAAGUGCCUUAUUGCUUGAAACAAAGGAAAGGUGUUCUCUACCCUCCCCCUGAUAGAGCAAUAUGGGGAUUUCUGUUAAGUAGUCCUACGUGCAGACAUGUUAAGCCAAACUAAGUACUGCUUUGCUUAGAAGGUUGAAGAACAUUGUUAGUGAACAAGUUUUUUUUUUGUUUUUUUUGUUUUUUUUAAGAAUGGCACAGUUAAUCUGGCAUGCCUAUUUUAAUCUGCUGAUCUUCAUCUCAUUUCAGAAAUAUUUUUUUUCUAACUUCCUAUUCAUCUUCAGACUUCUGCAGAAAUGCAUCUUAUAUGUGUUGUCAGAAUGAGUUUGGUCUUCCAGCGUACUCAGCUAGGAGUUUUCAACCACUAAAAAGAACAUGUGUCUGUUUGAAAAAGAGACUUCAACUGAAGUUAAGUUACACCAGAGCCUUGAGAAUGUAUAACCUCAAACUCCAAGGCUCUAAUGGGCCCUGUUCACACCACUCUGUGCACUGUGGCUAGGUUGGGGUUUGGAGCAGUUUAACAGCAUUUCAGUGGUAUCCAACUUGAACUAAUGUAUCCUGUUCAUACAAGUUUGUAAUUCCUCUGGAGCGGAUACCUUGAUGGGCCAAACCAUCAAGGGAGGUCAGUGGAGCAGCUCUUGGAUCUCUGCCCUGCCCUUCAUUACCAGAUGAUCUGGAAAAACAGCAUGUUCAGAUACAUUACCAUGUUCAGAUACCUUCAAAAUGUCUAUUGUAGGGUGUUUUUUCUAGGAUUACUGUCCCAAAGGUCAGUGGGAUUUUGCCUUUGUGAUCUAGAUUUUCUAAAAGGAUCUGCAUUUUUUUUAACCAACAUUGCUCCCACUUUUUUGUCCAUCUAUUUGAAAUCAGGUGCCAAUAAUAAGCUACUCUAAAAUUAUCCUGAGUUAUAUGAAAUUCUGUUAUGAAUUAGCUUAGGAAAAAAAAGAAGUUGGAGCUACAAAAUGCUAGUUAUUGGAAGGAAAUCGACAGCUGGUAACUGGUGAGGGUUGGAUGAAAAAUGAUGUUUAAAAAGUAUUUAUCAUGGAUUCAUAAUCAUAAAAUGGUUUCACUGUGUUCAGUUUACUCCACUAAGAGUUUGUGAAGGAGAAAAAGAAAUGAAGAUAAUCUUCUCAUCUUCUAGGACCUUUUCUCCUGAAAUUCAUGAGGGUGUUUUUUUUUGUUUUUAGAACAGUAGAAGAGGCCUUUUUCCCCCAUGGAGUACUUAAUUAGUAAUAUGGCUGUCACUUAGAGCGUUAUUUCUUCAUGAAGCAUCAUACAUGAGUGCUUAAUCAGGAUUCAGCUUACAAAUCUGAAGUUUUUGGUGAUAGGUAAUUUGAUUUAGUGUCAUACUGAAUAAAUUUUUAAGUGAUUAUCACAGUAUCUUAGUAGCUUUUAUCUCAGUAUUAUCUCCAGCUACUAGGCACUAACUCAUUCUAUAACCCACUGAAUAGGAGGCACCAUGUAUCAAAGUAUGUCAUUACUGUCAAGAGUUACUGUUUAUUUUCAGAAGUUAUUCCCUUGAAUGUCAUUCUGCUUUCUUAAAACCAGCAGGCACAGAACCAAAAUGCUGUUAAUUUUUUUCUGUUACCCGUCUUUUGCUUUUAGCUGAUAACUAUAUUUGUUGCAUAGUAUAGCAACAAUGGUCUUCAUGCUAAAAUUUGACAAAGAUGUUCAGUAUUCCUGGGCAAUAUUUUACAAAUAAUUAUUGUUCAAGUUGGUAUUUUAAAUUUUUACCAAUAACCACUAUUGAGUAUGCUACCUUUGUGGCUGCUUCAUUUUGUGUCGAUGUUUUGUAAGGAUCAUUUUUUGCUACCCUCUUCAGAGUGCCUUUUAAUUUAGGAGGUCUAGAGACAACUCACUGAAGUCUUCUGUUGAAUCUGCCAUAGUAAUGUCUGAUUUUAAACUUGUCCUGAUGAAUGUAUAAUUAAAAUCCUGUUCUUUAAAAAGCUAUAAUGACACAGGUUGUAUAUGCACAUGUACAUGCAUGGAUACAAGGGAAGAUGUUCUGCCAAUGUUUGUCCUGCUGGACAGGACCUUUUGAAAGUAAGUGAAUUUUUUAACAGUUUAUUUUCAAAAUGUUACCUCACUAGUAUUCAGUAGUAGGUAUGUCUCUGUACUGCUUCACUUUGCUAAAUACAAUCACAUUCAUGGUAGGCAGUUUAAUUUAAAAGGCUAUGCGAUGAAUCCGGUGUCUGUUUUGAGAGUGAAGUUCGUAAGUCAUAACUUGCGGUACUUCAUUUAUUUUCAAGGCAUUCCUUUCACUUAGACUGAUAUCCCGAUCCCCUGUUAUUAACAAACUUAAGAAGUGCUUCCCCAUGAUGAAAUGGAAGAAUGUCAAGUAGCAUUUGAAUGCACUCCACCUGUCUUAGAGCUAACAUUCAGAAAUUGGGGGGAGGAGGGAGGCAGGGGUGCAUUUAAUGAAAUGUGGGAAGACGUGUAUUGUAGAGUUCAUUCACUUGCACACAAGGGGUUUCACAAUGUCAUCCAGUAAUGUCUACCUAAUAAAGUUUUGAAAAAGGGAAAAAAAAAAAGCUGUCUGAAUGUUUCACUCUUUUUCUCCAAACAAUUGUGUGCAUGAAUGUUAGUCAGCCAACUCCAAGGAGUCCUGAUUAAAUCAAUGAUCUUAUGACUAUUAUGUAAUCAUUUUUUUAAAAAUAUAUUGAAAGACAUACUUCAGAAUAUGUCUUCACACUGUAUUGCAAUCACUUUAAUAUUUAUCUGUUUUAAAAUUUGAAGUUAAAUCAGAGGUAAAAAUUACUGUCAUUAAUAUUUUAUGUAAAAAAAAAAAAAA